AUGUCGACGUAUAAAUAUUUGUGUUCAAAUGCAGCUCAACACAUCCCGACCGGACACAUGGAUCGACAUGUUCUUGAAAGUGAGGGAGCAGAUAACUAUCUGAUGAAUUUUUAUAUUACAAACUACUCGAGUACAUAUCGAAACCCAAAACAACGGCCAAAGGCAAAUAUCUUGAGCGACAAAUCUUUGACACCGGAGAGCUUAUUAACAGAUAAAAUCAAAUUAGAACGUUCAAAAACCGGCUAUACGAGUAAUGAACGUUAUUAUUUACCCUAUACAAGAACAUUAGACGACUUGGAUAAUCCUGUUUUGGGGCGAAUAUGCGAAGAUAAUUACUUGACAACAACACAAACUCACUUUCAACCUUAUGAACUGAACAGUGGUUUCGAAGAUUUACCACCAAAAACAAUAAAACAAAUAUCAGGCUUUUAUCGUGAAAAAGCUGUUCAUAAUCCAGAUUCAAAAGUACCAUUGAUUCCUGGUAAAGAAGCAACCACUUAUGGCAGCCAGUUUGUUAAGCCAGCUGUAUCAGAGCCCGUAAUAUUAGGUCAAGUAGGGCCAAAGGAACUGUCUGGUUUUGUCAAUAACACAGAAAAAGAACCGAUAACAGGCACAGGCGGUGAACGAUGGUUAUACAAAUCAAGAGCGCUUGGACCGUCUGAAUAUAAAGAAAAAUUUCCACCAUAUGAUUAUUCGAAGGGUGACGAUGACCUUCUGAAUAUUAUUACUCCAAUUACAAAAGUGACGUCUGAUCGCGUAAUCAAAAACAGUGUUUUACCCAAUGAUGAUAUAUUUCCAAGAGAGAAAACGGAAUAUAAUAAAAGUUAUCAAGGAACUCAAUUUCUUCCAGAAAAGAUGGGAAAUAUUGAAAUUGGCAAAAAAGUAUCCACUGGUCCGACGACAAAUGAAAAGGGUCAUGUUCAAACAUUUGAUGAUCCACGACGAUUUAUUACCACGUAUCAGAUCAACCAUCAUUCAAUGAUUCCACAGGGACGAGAUCGAGAAGGGUAUACAGUGGGAGGAGUUCAGAAACCGGUAAAUAGCGGCUACGUAACUGACGUCAAGGUAUGGAAGCCUUUUGAAUGCUUUAAAGAUGAAAGAGAAGAACGUUUUCGAUUAGACCCGUAUCAAGUCAGAAGUCUACGAGCUCGCGAUCUCUUCUUUGACGAUUCAACACAUGAUAAGAAAAAUCGUUUACAAAAACCAUUGGAAACAUUCUAA